CAGAAACUAUUAAAAUGCACUUUCAGACCUGGUUUGGGUUUAUUUCAUUUAAGUAAAUUCUGAAGAGAUAGGUGCUGAUUCCUAGUCGUAACAAUGGAUUCUCACAUACUGAAGAUGAAACAAAGUGCAGUAUUGCUGUUUAAAGACAUAUAUAAUUUUACAAGGAAAAGUGCAUGAAUUCUCCGGCUGAAAUACUGGAUAAAUAUUCUCAUAAACUUCCUUGACACGAAGCGGAAAACGGCUCUUUCUAUUUUGUAUGGAAUGUUUUGCUUGACACGAGCUGAGGAUAGCAGAAAUCAUCCAAACCACAGAAACACAAUGCUUACCAUGAAAGAUAUAACUGAUCACUGGAUUGGAUUACCAAAAUCACCUUAUACUCACUUCACAGCUACUAUGAGUCCUCCAACGUCUUCCACUGCUGCACCAACAUCUGCUCCUGUGAGUGCGAAGAAACCUACCACCAUAAAAAAGAAGAAAAGGCGUAAAAGUUCUGAAAGCUCUAAACGCCGAACGACUGAUCCCAGUGAGCCUCUUUACUACAGAGACAACUAUUACAGAGAAAGAGCAAAGUUCGCCUUUCCCGAUUUUGAUUACGAUUACGAUUCUCCCAACUCAGCUUAUUCUAAUCCCCCACCACCACCACCAUCAUCCUCCUCACCUUAUAUUAUCAGAGCCACAGCUUCGUCGCCAAAGGCAAUAUAUCUGAACCCUUCUGAAACAGAUUCGUCAAUAAGCGCAGUGUAUGCUGGAACACCAAAGGUGGCAACAUAUGUCAUACCCUCUGCAAAAAAAUAUGUGGUGCGCAGGGUUAAAUCACGUGCAGUAUAUGUACCACCUCCAGCACCAAUAGGUGGGGAUCUAUAUGCAGCUGCUUCAAGUGCUGGACUACGAAGACUUGAUCCUGGAGAUUACGAUGAGAAUAGUGCAUCAUUCCUUAACAUGGGUCCACAAGAAGGAUUUCCACCAAGACCAGUUAUGAAUAAAAUAUCUCAACCGGGACAGAGACAACCUUGCCACGGACCAGAAUGUCAUCAGCAUCAUAAAGGGCUAGUACGGUUUUACUGGAGAAGGGUCGUAUAUCCGCCUGAUGAAGGAAGAAGAAUAAGAGGACGAGGACGCAGAUUACGCCGACCUAGAACUAGACCACGUGGAAGAAGAGUUCGUGUUCGAUCUAGAGCUCCAUCGGAUCAGAGAGAAAUGUACACAUCUGAAGAGGAUGGUGUCGCGGAAGGAGCUGAAGAUAAUAACACGUACGAAAAUGAGGAGGACGAAGAAGAAGUUAGUGACGAAGAAGAAACUGAAGAGAAUGACACUGUGCAACAGAAUAUGUGGCAACCUGGAAGAGGAUAUGGUCACAAUUUGAGUGAAGGAAGUAACUAUGAUGAUGACGACAGAAGAGUAUACAGGGACAAAAGAUAUGCAUACAGGAAGAAAACGAAUCGGAAUUUCUACCAAUAUUCAUGACAUUUUGAAUAAUCAGAUUUAUUUUAUUUUUUUCAUCUUUCAUCACACUAUUUAAUAUUUAAAUUUCCAUCCAACUGAAAAAUCUGGUUGGUACAUACUUGGAUGUCAGACGAAUUACAUCAUUAAUUUAUAAAAUGUGAGUAAAGAAACGCAAAGAAUGAAGCUUGUUAUUAUUUGGUAAUAAAACUCAUGCUAUUAUUGUAA